AUGCCUUUAACUAAAACAGGCACAACGAAAAAAAGAAGUGAUGAACCAACUGUUUCAUCAUCCAAAUUAAAAAAUAAAUCAACAACAACAUCAUCGUCACCAUCAGAAUCUGUUGCAACCACACCACCAAUAACAACAAAAACAACAACAACAACAACAACAAAAAGAGAUAUUCACACACCAAGCCCAGAAUUAUUAGAGUAUUUAAGAUUGGUAGAAAGGGUUGAGAAUUUAGCUCUAACUAGAAAUUGGAAACCUUCAUCCUCAAAAAAAGUUAAAAUAAUUAAUAAUCUUGAUGAAUUACUACUAACAAUUAAUGAAAUUGACGAAAAUGAUUAUAAUAAUAAUAAUAAUAAUAAUAAUAAUAAUAAUAAUAUUAAUUCUUCAAUCAAAUUAGAAAAAGUGAAAAAAGUUGAAAAAGAAAUAGAGAAAGGAGAAAAAAUAAAAGAAAAUAAAGAAAAAGAAAAAGAAAAAGAAAAAGAAAAAGAAAAAGAAAAUGAAAAUGAAAAUGAAAAUGAAAAUGAAAAUGAAAAUGAAAAUGAAAAUGAAAAUGAAAAUGUAAAUGAAAAAGAAAAAGAAAAAGAAAAAGAAAAAGAAAAAGAAAAUGAAAUUAAAGAAAAAGAAAUUAUAAUUAAAAAAGAAGAACCAAAAGAGAAAAUUAAAAAAGAAGUUAGAAUCAAAGAGAAUGAAGAAGUCAAGGAAAAACAAAACAAAAAAUUAUCAAGUACAUUAAAACAAUUAAAGAGAUUUAGUAUACAUGAGGAUGUUUUAGAUUAUCUCUCAAAUUCAACAUUGUCAGGUGCACCACCUCCACCACCUCCACCUUCAUCACCAUCACCAUCACCAUCAACACAACAAAAAACACCUCAAACCCCUAAAACACCACAAACACCACAAACACCACACACAUCAUAUCAAACACCACUACAAACACCAAAAACACCAAUGGAUACCUAUUCAAGUGAUAAUGAUAAUUCUUCCACACCAAUUAAAGUGCCAACCCUAAGUAGUUUAAUUGAAGAAGAUGAAGAGGAUGAGGAUAUUGAACUUAUCAUAUUAAAUUCUGCAAGAAAAAAUAAAAGAAUACCUAAUAAAUAUUUAGUUAAUCAAUAUGAUGACGAUGAUACUGAAGAAGAGGAAGAUGAUCAUUCAAAAACUCCUUCUAAAUUAUUAACACCAAUGAUAACACCAAGUAAAGAAAUUGCACAACAACAAAAAAUAAAUGAUGAAAAAUUAAAACAACAACAACAAAAAAUAAAUGAUGAAAAAUUAAAGAAAGAAAAAGAAAAAGAAAAACAAGAUGAUGAUAAUAUUUUAGAACAGCUAAAUAAAGUAACAAUUACACCAAAAAGACAGCAGCAAACUUUACCAAUUAAAGAUCAACAAAAAGAUUGUACAUUAAUAACUAAAACUACAAACACAACCACAGUUGCUACUCCAACACCAACAACAACAACAACAAUAACAAACCCACCAAAACCAAUAACUAGAGAUACAUCAUCACUUCAUUUAUUAACAAAACAAUUUAGGUUAACAAGUAUUGGUGAUACAUCAAAUGAUCAACAUAAUGAAACAAUUGAAAGUUCAUUACCAGUAUCAUCAUCAUCAUCAUCAUCGUCAAAAACUAUAGCAACAACAACGACAACAACAAUUGAUAAUGAAAAUCAAGAACAUAUAAAAUUUGGAAGUGUUCAAUCAUUUUACCCGGUUGAACCAAAUAAUGAUAAAUUUAAUGAAUCAAUGAUGUGUUCACCAUUGAAUUUAGAUACAGCUCAUUUACCAGGAGUUGUUCAAUUCUUUGAAAGGGAUAAAAAGAUUCAUGCAAUUAGUUACUUUAAACGAUAUAAUCAUACAGUUUUUCAAAAUAAAUUUCCAGAGGAUAUGAUAGUUUGGAGUGAUCAACAUUUAUCAACACCGGGUAAAACAUCGAUCACUAAAAAGAAUGAUUUCAAUUUGGCAAAGAUAAUACUAUCAACAAAGUUAAUAUCAUCAGUUGAAACAUUGGCCAAUGUAUUAUGUCAUGAAAUGUGUCAUGCUGCAACUUGGAUGUUUGAUAACUCAAAGAAGGCACAUGGUAGUGAAUUUAAAUUUUGGGCAAGAAUAGCUCAAACCCAAUAUCCAGAGUUAUCAAUUGAUAUGUGUGAUAACUUUAAAUCCUCGUUUGCAUAUCACUACAAAUGUCAAUCAUUAUCUUGUGAUGUCAGUUUCGGUAGAAGUACUCCAAAUGAUGAAUUGCUCUAUUGUGGUAAAUGUGGUUCACCAAUUGUUCCCGUUGAAAAGGUAGAGACUGAAUCAAGAUUCGAUAGAUUCCUAAGGGAUAAUUUCAAUGAAACUAAAUUAAAACAUCCAUCUCUAACUCCGGAUGAAGUUAAAUCAAUCAUUCAAUUAAGAUGGAGAAAAUUAGAAAUUGAUCGUGAAAAAUUAAAGAAAAAAGAACAACAAUUUAUAAAUAACAAAAAUUUAAUUACUAAUGAAUUUAUAUCAUCAACAUCAACCUCAACAUCUGCAAUAAAAAAUAGAACAACAACAACAACACCAACACCAACAACAACACCAGAAGAAUCUAAUUCAAAAAAUAAUAAUAGUAAUUCAACAUUAAAUUCAUCAACAAAACCAAUACUAAAAAAAGCAUCUUCCACUGCAGUUGGAAAUAAUAAAACCACUAGUGGUAAAACAAAGUUAAUUCCUAUUGAUGAUUUACCACAAAUCUCUACUAUUAAAAAAUCUUUAAAAAAAUAA